CCCAGAAAGCCAAAAUGACGUCAUGGCUGGUGUCAUCUUUGAGAUCGGAUUUUCUGCUUUUUGUUCAACAUAUAUACAAAUUAGAGCAGAGUGCUCCUGCAUAAUUAACCACUAUAAAAGAAAGCUUAGGAAUUUGGAUUAAUGGUCGACUGGGAGUAGCAGGACUCUUUCUUCCAACCCCACUCUCUUCUUCCUUCAAUUUUCAUCCUUUGUUUCUUCCUCUCCCAUAUUCUCAUAAUCAUGAUCCCCUGGCUGUGGGCUAGAGCUGUUGGUGCUACAAAGAAGAUUAACGAAGCCGAAGAAGCAGUACUACCACCAGGAAGCUACGAAAAUGUGGGCCUGGUGAUCGGCGUGACUGGAAUCGUGGGCAACAGCCUCGCCGAAAUUCUCCCUCUCCCUGACACUCCGGGAGGCCCGUGGAAGGUCUAUGGCGUGGCGCGUCGUCCUCGUCCCAAGUGGAAUGCGAAGCAUCCAGUCCAUUACAUCCAGUGCGACGUCUCAAACUCAGAGGAAACCGAAGCUAAGCUUUCCCAAUUAGCAGAUGUCACCCACAUCUUCUACGUCACUUGGGCUAACCAACAAACCGAGGCCGAGAACUGCGAGGUCAACGGCGCUAUGUUCCGCAACGUGCUCCGUGCUCUGAUUCCAAACGCUCCGAAACUCCGCCACAUUUGCCUCCAGACGGGCACCAAACACUACGUUGGACCCUUCGAGGCGUUUGGCAAGGUCCAACCCCACGAGCCACCUUUCACGGAGGACUUGCCCCGACUGAACGUGCCGAAUUUCUACUAUACCCAGGAAGAUAUUUUGUUCGAAGAGGCGAAGAAGAAGGAAGGCUUAACUUGGUCCAUCCACCGACCCAACACUAUAUUUGGAUUUUCCCCAUAUAGCAUGAUGAACAUGAUAGGCACGCUUUGUGUAUAUGCAGCAAUAUGCAAGCACGAGGGGCUUCCUUUGAAGUUCCCUGGAAGCAAAGCGAGCUGGGAAGGGUACUCAGUGGCUUCAGAUGCUGAUCUUAUUGCAGAGCAGCAUAUAUGGGCAACAGUAGACCCGAAUGCAAGGAACGAAGCGUUUAACUGCAACAACGGGGACGUGUUCAAGUGGAAGCAUCUUUGGAAGGUGUUGGCGGAGAGAUUUGGGAUUGAGAAGUACGGAUUUGAGGAGGGUGAGAAAGUUAGCUUGGUGGAGAUGAUGAAGGACAAGGGACCAGUGUGGGAGGAGAUUGUGAGGAAGAAUCAUCUGCAACCCACGAAGUUGGAGGAGGUUGGGGUGUGGUGGUUUGCAGACUUGAUCCUGUGCGUGGUGGGUUUGUUGGACAGUAUGAAUAAGAGCAAGGAGCAUGGGUUCUUGGGUUUCAGGAACUCCAAGACUUCUUUAAUCACUUGGGUUGAUAAGAUGAAAGUACACAAUAUUGUACCUUGAAGGUUGUGACUUGUGAAUGUCUUUGGACACGCCGUUAGUCCUUUUAUUUUAUGUUUUUUUUUUUUUUUUUCUUUUUUGGUGAGCACUUCCACGCACAAAAGAUCGUUUUUGUUUUAAAAUAGGCAAGAGAGUGUUGUUGUACGUUGGGUUUAUAAAUAAGAACAUGCAAACAAAGCUUAUGUUUGGUUUGGCAUCCGCCC